AUGUUCUCGGACACAGCGUCAGCGGACUCAGAUGCAGCGGAGUACUGGCGCCAGUUGAGGAUGGCGAGAUACGCGCCAGACGAGAGCAGCCACCCGCAGCGCAGCAUGUACCCUUCGCUCCCGCCCACGACGACAUCGCCAGCGCCGCAGUCGUCAGCGGCCCAAGCAGCGGCGUUGUUGGCGACAGCGAUGGGGGAGGUUCCUGGGCAGGGGAUGGGUGGAGACGCAGCGGGGGCGGACCAGGCGGCUGGAGUGGGGGGGCCCAGCCUCCGAGACGCCUCAGCCGCCAAAGGCGCCCCUUCGCCGCCUGCGCCGCCUGCGCCGAUGCCGGAGCCAGUGCAGCAGACAGUCCAGGAGAGUGUCGCGGAAAAGAUGGUCGAGCACAUGACACCUGCGGAGCUCAUGGGAACAGAAAUGGCGGAGACACAGCGGGACAGAGACGCCACUGUCGUGGCCAAGACCGCCAGUCAUCGUCGAGGUGCCAUGGGAGAGAUCCAGAGGUGGACGGAGGCGAUCGAGAUGGAAGUCGCCGCUGCGUCGGCGGCGCCCGGCGGCCUGGCAGGGUCGAGCGUGUCAGCUCCAGAGAAGCUGGAGAGGGAGCGGCAGAAGCAGAGCCAGCCCGUGAAGCGCGGGCUUCCCCGCCCGACUGCGCGGCCGCCGCCCGCCAGUCCCUCGUUCCUGGCCGGGGGCUCCCAGAGCAGCUCCUCCACGGCGAGCACGGGCGGCAUGCUCCAGCAGGCGGAGGAUCUGCUGCACGAGGAGAUGAUGGCGCUAAUAAACCACGAUGCGUUUGUGCACCCGACGAAGCAGACGAAGCCUCCCAAGAAGCUGGUGGAGCUCCAGGACUUCAAGCCCGACGAGCUUGCCCGCGCGGAGGAGCUGCUCUCUGCUGAGUUAUCGGAAUUCGAGGCGUUGGCUGGUGGCGAGCAGAUGGAUAGCGCUUCGCUCCAGCCAGUCUUUGAGGACCGCCGCCUCCGGUCGGGUCUGGCCCGUCGGGGGAGCCAGGGGCGGAAUUCCCACAUUGUCUUCGCCUCCUCUUUCUUCUUGCCCCUCCCCUUCCUCGCCCCCCACGCCUCCAAUUCCUCCUGCACCCGCGCCGGCCCAUUGACGCAACGAGCGGGGGAUGAUGGAGAACGAGAAUGGAGCGGCAGGGUUUAUGGAGGAAGGACUGGACCCUGUAUUGAAAGGACCUGA